GUUACUGCCCCGUCUGGAAUUUCAAAGAUGGCGGCCAGCAAAUCACAUGUGGAAGUCGACGAAAGACGACUACGUCCAGUAUACGAUGCACUGGACAACUUGAAUAACAAGCAAGCCAUAAAAUUAGUUGAUAAUAUUUUGAAGAAGAAAAAAGAUUUUCCAUGUGCAAAGACAUUAAAAGCACUUGCUUUAAUUCGUAUGGGACAUAACGAAGAAGCACUUGUAAUACUUAAAGAUGCACAAACAACUUCAACAAUUCUUGACGAUGCUACUCUUCAAGCCAUGACUAUGUGUUUUAAAGAAACUCAAAUGCCUGAAGGGAUUGUUCAAAUAUAUGAGAAGGCUGUUGAACAGUCUCCGAAUAAUGAAGAAUUUUUGAGUCAUCUUUUUAUGGCGUGUGUUCGCAUUGAAGACUAUGCCAAACAACAGAAGGCGGCAAUGAGUUUGUACAAAGCAUUUCCAAAGAACCCGUACUACUUUUGGGCAGUUAUGAGUUAUGUAAUGCAGGCAUUUACUACAAAGGAUGAAAAAAAAAAAGCAAUGUUGUUUACAUUAGCAGAAAGAAUGGUUUUAAAGCGAUUAAAAGAGAGUAAACUUGAAGCAGAGGAAGAAGUUCGUUUAUAUCUCUUAAUACUUGAAGAACUUGGAAAGUAUGAAGAACUCUUAUCUGUCAUUCAAAGUGAUUUAGGAGAUAAACUCAAAUGUAUUUUUAAUGAAAAGUAUGAAAAAGAAAUUGAGUAUUUGAAAAAUCUUAAACUUUGGAGCGAAGUUUAUAUAAAAGCUCAAAGUCUACUGAGUAAGUGUCCUGAUCAAUGGAAUAUAUAUCAAAUAUAUAUUCAAUCAUUUCUUGAGUUAAAUAAUGUUGACCAUUCAAAUAUAACUGAUGACAAAUAUGUUCAUCAGGACUAUAAUGCUGAUGUAAAGAAAACUCUUGACAUGCUUUCUGCUCAAAAUCCUUUGAUUCGUGGACCACAUCUUGCCAAAAUAGAGUUCUAUAAACAUUUUUAUUUAAAGUCUGGUGAAGAAGAAUAUUUGAAUUGCCUUAUUGAAUAUGUUCAAAAAUUUGGCUCAAAGCCUUGUUGUUUUAGUGAUCUUAGACAGUAUGCAAAUAUUUUAAACUAUAAAGAAAAAGAAAAGUUUAUAGAAGUUUUUAGAGAAUCUGUGAAAUGUCCAAAUGAAUCAGCCACUGUAAAAGAAAAGAUGGAAUGUUUUAUGAGAGAAGCGUGUAUCGAGUGCUUUACAUGUCAGUUUGGUUUUUAUAAAAAUAUUUCUCGUGAUGGGAAAUUUCUUAAAGCUAAAUCAUAUAUGAAAAAAUACAAGGAGGUAAUACAGCUUGGAAGUGAUGCUAGUUUUACAGAGCCACAAUAUGGAGAUGUUAUAGUCUUGUUAGCUGCUUAUCUUCUGCUGGAUAUUAAUAAAAGUAGUGGUGAUGAUAAAAUGAUUUGGCAUGUUUUGCUUUUUAUUGAAGAAGCACUUGAAAGUAGUCCAACCAGUGCUCAGUAUAAAUUAUUGUUAAACUUUUUGUAUUCAAAUCUUGGUGUAUACAGUGUGAGCAAUUUUUUUUUGGACGAUCUUGAAAUUAAAUAUGUUAUGUUUGAUUCCAUAGGAUAUUUAUUUACAAGUUUUGCUUAUGUUUCUGGUCAAUUUCAAGCAACUAACAAGCUGUAUGAUUUAUCAAUUAAUUUUUUUAAGUCAAGCCAAAAAGAAUGUCCUGAGCAGAUUAUCUCAUCAUACAAAUAUGGUUCUUUUAAGCAGAUACCUGACAUGUCAAGUUUUAAACUUCGAUUAAAAAAUUCAUUGCACUUUGCUUCACUUAGUGUUGAGAAACUAUAUCUUCGACUGCUAUGGCAAAUACACAAUUUUUCUGAUGCUGAGAGUGAUUUAUUGAAUUUAGAGAAAUCAGUUGGACCUUUUAACAUAUCAAGUGAUUCCAAUUUUUGCGAUAAUCGUGACCUUGAUCUUGUUACAAAUUUUGAUUCUAUUUCAAAAGAAUCUUUACAAGAAAUGCGUACAACAUCUUUUCGUCAGAAUGUUUUGUGGUUACGUCUUAGAUAUCUAGUUUUACAAAUAGUAUCAUAUUGUUUUGGUAACAUAGUAAUACCUAAUGCGCUAAAUUCACAAGCUUUAAUAUCAGAAAUAACUGAAAUUUCCUCGGAAGCAGAAAAAUCUGAUUUUUCAUGGAAUGAUAUUCAUACACCUCCUCCAUGUCAUAUAGGGUUUUAUAUAAAUCAAAACUAUGCAAGUAUAUUUAUUUAUUUACUCGAAUGUUACAUGACAGUAAAAAAUUUAAUAGAUACAGAUACUGAUUGCAUGGAAAAGGUGCAAGAAAAAUUAAGUUUGACUUUGAAAAUAUUACAAGAAAACGUGACGGUUAUCUUUUCAACCUUGACAAUAUCACAUGGUGAUAAUAAAAUGUUUAAUGGAAAGACACUUCGAAAAAUUGUCUUUUAUAUUGAGACAUGCAACCUAACAUUGAUAAUAUUGUCUUCAAUUAAAAGUUAUCUGAAGCAACAGUUUGCAAGAAAAGGAAAAAAAAAGAAAGAGUCAGAGGAACUUUUAUCCAUACUAGCUAACUUUUUGUCAAAUUUGAGGGUAGACAUGGAAAAAUUACUAAUAAAACUAGUUGAAGUCAAACAAAAGUGCGUCGACAUUACCCUGGAUGUGGCUGCAAUAGAGGAUCUUUUUGAAAAGACAAGUUCUACCACCGUUACAAAAGUAUGGCAACGAAUUCAAUCAAGUUAUCAACAAUCUGUUAUGGAAAUUAUUCAAGUGUUAGAACUAAAAAUUAAUUUUCUUGACACAAUUAGUUGAUACUCCAAAAAAAAUACCGUUUCAAAUAAAUCGUCCGUUUCAAAUAAAUCGUCCGACUUGCUGUAAUAUACUUCUGUAGUAAUAAUUCAUUUCCAUAGCAGAAUCCUUAACUGGCAUGUACUUAGUUUUUAUGCUUUUGAUUUAUUUUCUUUUAUAGGCUGUGUUUUUAAAUAUAUUGAUAUUGUAAAAUGA